CGCAGUACGGACAAACCACCUCCGCCCGCUGACCUCGCGCUCGUUGCCGUUCCGCGCUACGGAUUCCAAAGCGGCUUCCCCCUCCCCCCCUCUUCUUCCCGCCCUUUUGCAGAGGUGGGGGCACAUUUUUGAGGCGAUUUUAUUUUAUUUUAUUCUUUGGCGAUUCUCGCGGCGGAAGACGACGUCUGAGCACCAUGGGCACCGGUGCCGAUGUGCGUGACAUCUUGGAGCUGUCGGCGGACGGGGAGAUGGUGGCGCCCAUCAGCAAACGCGACCUCCUGCUGCAAACCGACAAGAAAAAGUCAAAGAAGCUGGCAGAGACUCCGACGUUCAAGCGCCCGGAGGGGAUGCACAGAGAGGUCUACGCCCUGCUCUACUCGGACAACAAGGAUGCCCCCCCGGUGCUGCCCAGCGACUCGUCCCAGGGCUACCGCACGGUGAAGGCGCGCCUUGGGUGCCGCGUGGUGCGGGCGUGGCGCUGGACCCCCUUCACCCACCCGGCGCGCACCGACGGCGCCGUCUUCCACCACUGGCGGCGCGCCACCGACCAGCCCAGCGAGUAUCCCUUCGCUCGCUUCAACAAGAGCGUGCAGGUGCCCGUGUUCACUGAGCAGGAGUACGCGUCGCACCUGCAGCACGACGACUGGAGCCGCGCCGAGACCGACCACCUGCUCGACCUCUGCCAGCGGUUCGACCUGCGCUGGGUGGUCAUGCACGACCGCUACGACUGCACCACCUACAAGCGUCGUUCCGUCGAGGACCUGAAGGAGCGCUACUACUCCAUGACGGCCCGACUCCUCCGUGCCCGCGCCCCGCCAGGCACGGAGCCGCGCGCCGUCCCCGUCUUCGACGCCGACCACGAGCGGCGGCGCAAGCAGCAGCUGGAGCGCCUCUUCAGCCGCACGCCCGAACAGCUGGCGGAAGAGGAGACGCUGGUGUCGGAGUUACGGCGCAUCGAGUCUCGCAAGAAGGAGCGCGAGCGCGCCACGCAGGACCUGCACAAGCUGAUGGGCGCGGCGGCCAGCGCCACGGAUCACCGAGCGCACGAGCGCAAGGCCAGCAAGAAGAAGGCGACGCACAGGCGGGGCGACUCGGGGGACCGAGCGGCUGUACUGGAGACAGCCGGGAUCAAGUUCCCCGAUGCCAAGUCAGCCGGGGUGAUGCUGCGCAGUCAGAGGAUGAAGUUGCCAAGCUCCGUUGGUCAGAAGAAAGUGAAAGCGAUCGAGCAGAUCCUCACCGAGCUGGGCAUCGACCUAAGCCCGAUGCCCACGGAGGAGGUGGUGCUGCUGUACAACGAGCUGCGCUCCGACCUGGUGCUCCUCUACGAGCUGAAGCAGGCGCUCGCCACCUGCGAGUACGAGCGCCACACGCUCACGCACCGCUACCACAACCUGCGCGCCAUCGCGGGGGGCUCCGAGCCGCCGGCGCCGGGGGGCGGAGGAGGUGGUGCCGGCGCGGCAGCCGGCGCGGCCGCCUCGUCCGCCGCCGCCGCCCCCUCCUCCUCCUCCUCCGCGUUGACCGGCGCGGCGACAACCGCGGCGCUGCCGCCGCCGCCGCCGUCGUCCUCUUCGUCCUCCUCCACCUCUUCCUCCUCGUCGUCCGUGUCGGUGCCGACCGCCGGCGUGCGGCCAGACGGAGAGUUGCAGUCCGCAGACGCCGCUCGCUCCGACGGACUCGCGGACGUCAUGGGGGCAAACGUCUCGCGCAAGCGGAGGGAGUCUGCGCCUGGGAUCUGCCUCAUGAAGAAGAAAAAAAACUAGCGACGGAUACGUCUACAGCGCUCCUUGGUUCUUCCGUUAAGAGUCACCUGCGUGACUUUCAGGGGAGAAUCGAAGCGUGUGGAUUCCUGCAGUCGCGAAAGCCUCAAAUCAAGAGCGUCUACAGUGUCUACAGCAGCAGCUGUACAGCAGCGACAGAGCCAACAGAUAUGUGUGCAGCAUCUGCAGCGUCUUCAGCGGCGGCUAUGCAGCAGCUACAGCAACAAGAGGUGUUGGCCGGAUGGCUCAGAGGUCAGGGUGCCCGGCACUGCCGAGAUCCUGGGCUCCAAUCCGGGUUUCAGUCACCCAACCAUGAUCAUUUAACCGGGUUCUCACCCCGGUCACCAGUGACUUGCACAUAGAUCCGUAGACUCGCACAGAGACCCGCGGACUCGUACAGAGACCCGCGGACUCGCACAGAGACCCGUAGACUCGCACAGAGACCUACAGACUCAGAGAGACUCACAGAGAGUGUCACACUCACA